UGCCGAGUGCCCGGAUGGUUAUCAGCUGCAAACUGAGCCAAGGCUGAUCUGGGGUCUGAACCCAGGGAACCGCAGCCAGAGCCCCAGCUGGAGAAUGUCUCAGGCCGGCUGGCAGCAGAGAGAUCGAUCCAGCAGCUUCCUCCCCUCACUCCCAGGAACAGAGCAGGGGGCAUGUGCGGAGAGUUAGGGGGCAACCUGCUUUAAAGCUGAUGGCAAGCCGCUGCCAGCUGCCUUUCCAGACGGCACCAUGGCCACUCACUCCAGCUUGUACAAUGAGGACAGAAAUUUGCUUCGAAUUAAAGAAAGGGAAAGGCGAAACCAAGAAAUUCAUCUCGACAAAGAACCUUUCCUAGAAAAUGCCCCUCUCUUUGGUGAGCCAUACAAGACCAAUAAAGGGGAUGAACUUUCCAGCCGUAUUCAGAAUAUGCUGGGCAACUACGAUGAGAUGAAGGAUUUAAUAAGUAACAAGAGUCAUCAGAGCCUCAUUGGUAUACCCAAGAGGGCAGUCCCUUUGAUGUCACAAGAAAAGAAUGAGUGCCUGCUUGGUCCAAAACGAAGUAAUAGUUCACUGCAGCCUUCCUUUCACAGCAGCAAUCCACGGUCAAUGGGCCCUCGCAGCGUAGCUUCAUCAACAGGCAACUGCUCUUCUCAAAAAAACACUGCAGUGAUAGAUCAGAACAGCCAAAGCUUCAGCCAUAACACUAAAAGCUACAACUUAUUUCAUAACCGAAGCCAAAAUAAGGACAAAUGCUUGAGUGGUCGGGAAACUUGCAGUAGCCAUCGUGGGAGGGAUGAUCAGCAAAUGGAUGCGGACAAUCGCACGAAAGUCCAGUUAUCCCAUUUGCAACACUUGCAACCACUGUUACCGUUAUCCUCACUUAUACAGCCCUUGUCUCCUAUAACACCAUUAUCCCCCUUACAUUCCAGCGGGUUUACCAAUUCCAAAUUACAACAAAGUAGCAAUAGUCACAGCAAAGACUGUCCUCCAACAAUAUCUCCUCAUGAACAGGAUGUACACUCCGGUGAUCCUGAGAACUUGUCUUCUGAUCUGAAUGUUCCUGUCCCCAGCCAACACGCAUCUCAGACUUUCCCACCAUCUUUACCAUCGAAACCAAAUAUGAUGCAGCAAAAACCUACAGCGUAUGUGAGACCGAUGGAUGGGCAAGACCAAGCCCCUAGUAAAUCCCCAGAACUAAAGCCUCCUUCAGAGGAUUACAGCGAGCCGCCAUAUGGAAAUAUAUCUGUGAUGAAGGCUAGUGCCAGGGCGAAGCUGUCCAAACUUAAAAUUCCUUCUCAGCCAGUCGAGGAAACAUUAUCAAAUGAAGCCAACUGUGUAGAAGAAAUCCUAAAGGAAAUGACGCAAUCAUGGCCGCCUCCUCUGACUGCCAUCCAAACACCUAGUACAACAGAGUCAUCCAAAUUUCCUUUUCAAAACAAGGACACCCAGCAUGUCCCUUCUGGUUUUGUAGGACACAAGAAAUGUGAGAUCCUCCCAAAAGGUUCUCGAGCAGAGAAUUCGAUGCUUGAAAAUGACCUACAGAUCAGUAGCAGUGAUGACAGUGAUGGGGAUCAGGUCACGGAAAAGCCAAUGCCUAUUUCUGUCCCUAAAAGUGCUUCCUCGCUUUCUCGGAGUGAUGAAGUGGUAUCAAGACAUUCCAGUGGUGGAUUAAACAACUUGAGCGAAUCUGAGAAUUCUUCUGGCUCUGAUUCAGAGAGUGAAAGCAGCUCCAGUGACAGUGAAGGCACAUCAAGGGCUCCAACACCUGAGCCUGACCCUUCACCAGCAAACAAAUGGCAACUUAAUAACUGGAUAAAUCCGAGCCAGCCGCCAAUGCCUUCUGACAGCCACAGCGAGUUAUUGAAUGGGCACAAUUCCCAGGACAGCCAGGCAUCUGAAGCAAAGGAGGGCCAUGAGUGUACUGGCUCUAGCAGAGAGAAAACUACACAGGAAGUAUCUCGGAACAAAAGCCAACGCCAGAAUUCCCCUGCUCUGCAUGACAGCAACACUCAGCAACAAGCUGUUGGUAACAAACAGCCUAGUAAACCUGUUAAAAUUCUUGUGCCUGAAGCAAACCGAGAAGUUAAAGUUGAAAAUGAACCUUGCACAUAUGGUGAUAAAGACCAACCUUCCACAGGACAGGCCAAAGUGAAAAUAAAAGAUGGACAGCGGCCUAGUGAAAAAAGGCAAUCCGGCUCUUCAGCCAAGAUUUCAUCUGACAGGAAAAAGCACAAGGGUCCCAUCCACAAUGCUCCCAAAUCCAAGCAAUUUGUAGGUCGAAACUCUUUGUCUACAGAUCAAGGUUCCAACAAAGAUGAGCCACCUUUGUGUUCAGGUCUGCCUCCUGCAUCCCUUGUACCUCAUAAACAGCCACAUGUUGAAAAUGGGGCUAAUAUCAGUAAACCGGCCAGGGAGGAAAGCAGGACUACCUUCCGUAAAUCUGCCACUGAGGUCAAGACUGUAAGCAAGUCUAAUAUUAACAAACCUGUCACUGAUGCCAAAGAGGUAAACAGGACUUCCCUCCUUCAUCCCACUAAUGAGGUUAUGGAGGUAACACGGACCAGCAUCGAGAAACCUGACAGUCAGGUUAGGAAGGAAAUUCGCCCCAACGUUAAUAAACCUGGUAAGGUCAAAGAAGAAAACAGCAGUAGCACCAGUAAAACCAUCCCAAAGGAAAAUAGGACUAAAUUGAGUAAACCAGUCAAUCAGGUAAAUGACAACCUUCUCACAGAUCAGGUUUUGCCUGCCAGGGGUGUUGAGGGUUUGCUGUCCCCAAUUAGAGAGACCAAAGUUCACUGGCCGUUAGUGGUAAAAAUCGAUCUAAGUUUGCUGUCACGAAUCCCAUCAUUGUCUGGCAAAGAGGGUCAACAAUCCAAGAACUGUAUUCUGGAAUGUACUAGCCAGAAGAAUCAGGAAGGAUUGAGGGAGAGCAAGGAAAGUUCAUCCAGCAAGAUCAAGAGAAAGCACGUGAUUGACGUGGAAGCAAGUGAGAGCAAAAAGCAAAGGCUGGAUAAAGAAAACAAGUUGUCCUCUUCAAGCCAUAAAGAAUCCAGUCAUAAGCAAGUUUCCAAGUCUUCCUCUGAGAAGGAAAACCCAUUUCUACUGCCACUUCCAUCUCCUGUACAGAAACCAGCAAAAGUAGCCCACAAACGGCACAACAGUGGCAGUAGUACUUCCAGUCAAGUCUCCAACAUGAGUGCGAGUGAUAUCAAGGAUCAUAACAGCAAGAAUAACUCUUCAUCCAGAUCAUUAUCUUCCAAGCACAAAAGAACGGAGGAUAAACAGUCAGGGCACUUGAAAAGCAAGGUGUCUUACCAAGGUACUGCCAGUAAUACCACUCCAGAACAAUCCCUCCCUCAUGGAAAUUCCAAACCCUCAAGGCCGCUACUCAAGUUUGAUGACAAGCAAUAUCCAGUGGAGCAUCACUUGCGAGAAGCCAAAAAAAUAAAGCACAAGGCUGAUGUCAUGUUAGACAAGAUUGGGAAAGCUUUCAAUUACUUGGAUGCUGCACUGUCAUUUGUUGAAAGUGGAAUAGCCAUGGAAAGUGAGGCACAGCCACCGAAGUCUGCUUAUACCAUGUUUUCUGAAACAGUGGAUUUAAUUAAAUACAUUAUGAAACUAAAAAACUUCACCGACUCAUCAGCAACUACUGCAGAAAAAAUAUUUGUAGUAUUAUGUUUUCGCUGCCAGUCUCUGCUCUUCAUGGCAAUGUUCAGAUUUAAGAAGGAUACUGCUUUGAAAUACUCAAGAACCUUAACCGAACAUUUCAAGAAUUCUUCCAGGACAGCUCAAGCUCCAUCUCCUUGUGUUGCCAGAGGUACAGGCACACCUUCUCCACUGUCUCAGACACCAUCUCCUGCCAGCUCCGGAGGUUCCCAGCCAGGAUCUACCGCCAGUAAUGGUGGAAAUGUUGCCAUUCCACACAUGAUUCAUCAGCUGGCCUCCACCUAUGUCAGCAUCACCUCCAUUUUCCUUCAUGGCCAUGACCUGUGGGAACAAGCAGAUGCACUAGCGAAAAAAAACAGGGAAUUCUUCAUGGAGCUUGAUGCAGCAGUUGGCCUUUUAUCCUUGACCAGCAGCAUGACUGAACUUGUACACUACACCAGACAAGGUUUACACUGGUUGCGACUGGACACUAAAUUACUAUAACAAGAUGCUGAAAAUCAUUUUGACAUCAGCCUGUUUGUCCUUCAGCACCAAACCCAUGGCUGUUCAGUGUUUUGUUUUUUUUAAAAAAAACAUAAGGAAAGACAAAUGUAAAGGUGUCUCUGUGCAGCAGAAACUUUAAUAAUGUAGGUCGGCACUGAAAUACCGCAAAAAUGAACCGGCUGAACCUUCACUUCGUGAACAAAAGUGCAAUUUUUUUUUCUCUUGACCCAUCUGGAAUUCAUGAUGAUGAAUGCACAGUCUUUGACAUUUCUUUGUUGAAGUAACCUUGAAGGAUAAAGGGCUGGAAAAAACCCCUCUCGGCCUGUAUUAUGGUCAGGAAGUAGCAGUAGCUGUUGCCUUCUCUUAACUUUCUGGCAGUAGUGUACAUAUUGUACAUUAACUGCAUAAAUUUAGAUAAACAUUUAGCAGCUAAAGAAUAUUGUAUUCAUUCACCGGAACAUUGUUGCAGUGAUUUCCUGGAAAGCCUUUUUACACAACACCUAGAGGACAAGGUAUAUUCAGGAGGUGGAUAUGUAAAUUGUUUAAAGUGUCCAACUGUUAAUUUUGCUCGUACACUAGGAGCUGUGAAAAAGGACUUAAUUUUCUGUGUGUUUUUUCUUCCCCCCCCCCCCCCCCACCCCAGUUGCACCCAUAUUUACUGCCAUUUCUUUCCUAUUUAUUAGAAACUGCACCUUUCUUUUCCUGCUGGAUCCAAGUUUUGCUGGCAAGCAUGUUUAACAGAACAAAGUGAUGUUUCUUUUUUUGAUGGGGGGAGGGGGAGAAGAGGAAGUUGACGGGCAUUGCCUGCCCUUUGCAUAGUUCAGAUCAAAGCCACAUGCCUGUCUUCUCAGAACAAUCUUCUAUUAAUGUUCAGCGUGCCUUAGACAUUCUACUUUGUAUGUAAGUAAUUGUUUCUAGCCAUAGAUAAGUUGCUGCUUCAAGGGUAUGGAGUAAGGAAAAUAUGAAUGGUGUGUUAAAAUGUGGUCAAAUUCAUAUAACGUGAGUACAAUUUGGUUUUGUAUAAUUGUCCUUAUGAGCAAUGAGGAUUUGACAUGGAUCAAUAUUUCACCACUUUCUGUCCCCUGUACAACAGACUUGUCCUGAGUAAAGGUGAGCAAACUGUUUGGAUGUGUAAUUACCUUUUGGGGGUGAUUUUCUACCUAUCGUUUUAUUUUUAUAAAUAGGAGAAAUUGGGUUUCUUGCUGUGGCAGUGGGUGGGGGAAGAGAAAGAAAGAUCUUCCAAAAAUGUUGCAACUUUCAGAGAUUUUAGUUGAAACCUACUUUGGUAAGCAGGAAUUUUCAGAAAAAUACUGAAAAUUGGAAGCAAAAUAUAAAUGGAUUUACAGGAUCAUGGGAAAACCCCAAGCCAUUUUUGCUCACCUCUAGUCUUGAUAAUGCUGUGAAUGACGUUGUUCCAGCUGCCUGGCAAAGCCCAGUAAAGUCAUAAAUCCUAGCAUACAGCAGCUCCUGCUGCUUAAUGUUACUGGAAUUCAUUAUAAUUUUAUUUGAAAUUGUACUUGCACAUAUAUAUUUUUGCUGAAUGAAAUUGCUGCAGAAAUGCUCAAGAGUCUAUGUAUUAUAUACACAGUAAAACCCAAAUGAAAUUGCAAACCCA